AUGGCGGGCCGUCGAAAAUCCCUCCUGAUUGGUAUCAACUACCGCGGCCAGCCGCAGCCCUUGCAAGGGUGCGAGUCCGACGUGCAGAACAUGGCCUCCUUCCUCAUCUCCCGUGGGUACAGUACUCACCCACAGAACAUGGUAGUCAUGACCGAGUCGCGCGGCCCUGGCCCUUACUAUCCCACCGGCCACAAUAUUCUUGCGGCUAUGGACUGGCUGGUUUCGGAACCAGACUGCUUUCUUUUCCUGCACUACAGCGGCCACGGCGGCCAGGUCCCCGAUCCUACGGGUGAGAGAAGCUCUGGCUAUGAUGACACUAUCGUGCCAGUUGACUAUCAGCGGUACGGACAGAUCGAUUCCGGAACGUUGCACCGAGUUCUGGUUAGGCGACUAGCACCGGGCAGCACAUUGUUUGUGGUGUUCGACUGCUGCCACAGUGGUAGCGCGCUGGAAUUGCCUUGGGUGUAUAAAGCUGAAGGGGACGGCCGGAUCAGUCUGAUGGACAAUUUCAGAGCCGGGAUGCACCUGAUGGGUGAGGCCCAGGGCUUAAUCGAAGGCGGUUUCACCAUCGAAAAAGUGGGCGCUGCGAAGCAUUUGCUCGCAGGAGCGACGGACUUCUUCAGAGGAUUGAGACAUGAGUUCGACGAGGAGGGCGGUGAAGACGAGCAGGGGCUGUACAAGCUGCAGAGCUUGGAUGACGAGCAGAGAAGUGUAUUCAUGUUGAGUGGGUGUAAGGACGAACAAACGAGUGCCGAUGCCUUUAUUAUGGGGAAACAUGUUGGUGCCAUGUCCUGGGCUUUCUUGGAAACCAUGAAGUACGACUAUCAGUGGAACGUCACGUACGUGCAGAUACUGCAGAAUACUCGGAGGCUGCUGCAGGACCGGUAUUCGCAAAUUCCGCAGCUGUCUUGUGGGUUCCAAUUCGAUCUCAACAGGUCGAUGAGGAUCUGA